GCGCGAGCCGCCAUCAGGGAGCCGGGCAGAGAGAGAGAGAGAGAGAGAGAGAGAGAGAGAGAUAUAUAUAUAUAUAUAUUGAUUCGCACCUGUGACACUUUGCCUGCAGCUCCGGGCGGCUCCUCAGACCGCUGGGGUGUUCCUGUCCCCCGCUUUACUGAGAGCUGUUUGUUUGUUUGUUUGUUUGUUUUCUCUGUGCAGUGUGAGUAAUGGACGUGCUGUGCCCGGGUGCAGUGGCGGAUGUGUCCCUGCAGGACCCCACAGUCCAGCUGAAGCAGGAAGAAGGGCAUGAGCAGGAAUUCCAGGAUUUUUUUCCUGACUCGUUUCUGCCUACAAUGCGGCCCACGCUGAUGCAGCACCAUGAAGACGGUGCUGGAGAGAUCCACAGACCCCAGGAGGACAUGAACAGUUUGAUACUUGAUAUUAAAACGGAACCCGAUCUGUUGGAUAUCGACGCAUUUGUCUACAACGAUGAGCAUGAAGAUUUCUCGACGUCUAAAGACGGAUGGGAUUGUGAAUCUGAACAGGAGAACGAGUUCACCCUCGAGCAGUGCGACGACGAAUGCAGCACUUUAACAAUUAUCAAAAAGGAGCUGACUGAAGAAGAACUGAGUUUCUGUGGUGAGCUGCAGUCAAACUGUAAAAGUGAAUCAAUAGAACUAUCUAAUAGCGAAGAGGAAGAAGUAGUAUGUGACACAUUAUUGGAGGAAACCGAAGUAACCAUGACAGGUGAGUGCUCCUACCUGCCCUCUGCUAAAGUCUUUAAGUCAUGCUCUGAAUGUGGAAAGAUGUUCCCUACCUCAUCCUCGUACAACAGACACAUGAGGAUCCACAGUGGUGAAAGACCUUUCCAGUGCGCUCAGUGCAAUAAGACGUUUACUCAGUUCUCAUCGUUUAAAAUCCAUCAGAGGAUACACACCGGAGAAAAGCCGUAUCACUGCUCGGAAUGCGAGAAGACAUUCAGCCGCUUGGACGCUCUUCACCUGCAUCAGAGAACUCAUACUGGAGAAAAGCCAUACAAGUGCACUCACUGUCCCAAAACCUUCACUCGCCUCCACGUGCUUCAGAACCAUCAGAGGACCCAUACCGGAAUAAAGCCGUAUCAGUGCUCGCACUGCGCCAAAACGUUUACACGCUUAUGUAGCUUUAAAAUACACAAGCGGAGGCACACUGGAGAGAAACCGUACCUGUGUGGGACCUGCGGAAAGCAGUUUGUGGACGCCUCAAACCUGAAGAAUCACCAGAGGACACAUACGAAGGAGCGGCCGUAUCAGUGCUCGCUGUGCAACAAGACUUUCAUUCAGCUGGGUCACCUGACGAGCCACCGCAGGAAAACGCACAGUAUCGAGAUCGUCACGGUGCUCUGACUGACUGUGGUCGACGCUACACCUCAUUAUCUACACGUCUUUACCAUAAACACAGCUCUCGACUCCUGUAACCAGUGCACUACAUAAGGCAUCAAUUAAUGUCUGUUACAUAGAUUUAGAUGUGGCUAUAUAAAGGAUCUAAACGCUGAUUUAAUGGCUUUUUUUUCAUAUUUAUUUUUAUUAUGCAAAGUCCUGACCAUAAUCAUGAGUUUGUUUUUUUUUCCCUUGUGUAAAAAUUUAUA